ACCUCUAUUGUUUAACAAUGGCGUCCUCGAGAGCAACUCAGGAAGCAGAUGAGCAUAUAUUGGCUUUGAAAAAGAAAACAGAACAGUCUAAAAAGACAGAUCUUUUGCGAGAAAUAAAUAAGCUCAACAUCCAGAUACAAGCGAUAGAAAGAGAAAAGUUGACUCAUAUAUUCAGUAAGCGCUCUGAUUUUAGAAAGGAGUUUAGCCUCUUGGAGGAGGAAGAAUUAAAAAUGUCAGAAGAAAGGAAAACAGAAGUUAUAAAAGUAAAGCAACAACUAGAAAAGAUAAGUCACAUGAUUAAAAGGUUUCAUCGAGAGCUAAGAGAUGUGAAACCUACUCCUGAAUUUGUUGAGAAACUAAAAAUGAUCAUGGAAGAUGUUGAAGGAACAAUACAUUCUUUUAAAGAACAACAGAAAACAAAAUACGAUGAAAUGAUGCGAUCAGAGAAGACCUUAUCUCUAGAGCUACAACAACUAGAGUCCAAAUUUGAAACUUGGAAUCAAGCCUCCAAUGUAGAAAGCAGCAGCACUACAACAAAACCAGUUAUGAGUGAUAAGGAUGUCAUGAAAGAUUUACCCCCAGAAGUUGCAGCAUUUGAUAAAUUUGUGCAUCAAAGUGGAGGCCAUAGAGGUGGCUGGGAUGAAUAUGAUCACCAAACUUUUCUCCGCUAUAGGAAUAUGUACAAGGGUAAAAUAGUUUUCUUGGAUCAUGUCAAGCCUAUGCUGCCCAUUCACACAGAGGCUGAGAUCAGGCAGCAUGAGAAGUGGUACCAGGAAUACACUUUUCUAAAUGAAAACAAGAAGUACGCAAUCAAGAAAUGGCGAGAAAAAAAGGAGGAAGAAAAAGAAGAUGUCAUAACACAUGUGCAAGUUGAACUGGAUGAAAAGAAAAAAGAAGAGGCGAAGAAACAAACAGAGCAAAUUUCAAGUCAGGAAAAAGCUGAGCGCUGCAAGCAAAUAAAUGCUUGGAAGGUUCAGAAAGAACUGGAGAAAGCAAUGAAAGAAGAAAAGAAGUUAAAGGAGGAGAUUGAAAAGAAAAGAAAACAAGAAGAGGAUAAAAAGAAACAUCUUGAAGCUAGAAAAGCUGUUGAAGAGUUCCGCAGACAGAAACAACUGGAAGAAGAAGUUCUACAAAUGGUAGAAGAGGAAAGAAAGAGAGAAGAAGAGGAUAGAAGAAGAGAGGUUAUCGCUAAAGAAAUAGGAAGAUUUAGAAAUAGAGAUAUGCAAAAGCUAUAUGAAAAACAAGAAAAAGAAAGAGAGAAAGAGGAAAAGAAAAAAGAGAAAGAAAGAAAACUCCAAGCAUUAAAGAGUCAAGUGCAAGUUGAAGUCCAGAGAGACCCUAAUAGACUUCUUCAACCAACAGCAGGCUGGAAGGAAAGACUCAAAGACCAAGGACCUUCCGGAUCAGGCCCCGUCAUAAACAUGCCUCACAGAGCUGUGCCUUCAUGGCGUCAAGGAUUAUUUUAACAAACCAGUUUUUGUGUUACCAGAAAUUCUAACUUGUAAACUACCAGGAUGAAAAUAUUUAAUUUAAAUGCACUACUAGUACCUUAGGUAUGUUUUUAAAUUUGCAGGUAGAUGUUUGAAAAAUUUUUUUAUUUUUUUUGUUAACACACAUUUUUAAUUAAAUUGUUUCAUUUAAUUUGACCGAUUCUUUAAAAAAAACACUUGAAAUGUCCCAGCUUUUUGGAUAAGGCCAAAUAUUUUUAGUUUUAAAACCGGGUUGAAGGUCCUGUGUAAAAAGUUGAGAAGCUUGUAAUUUACAAGUACACACUUUUAAAAAACGUAAGUCUUACUUGUUUGAUUUUUGUUUUAUUAAAAAAAAAUUGAAUACUGUACAUAAGAAGUAAAGAUGUGAUUUUUUU